CUCAAAGUGGACCUGUGUCUCGUGGUAAAGCACUAGUUUUGAGGAACAUUGCUCAGGGAUAGCGCAAAGGGUCCAAGAUCAGAAAUGCGCACACACACACACACACACACACACACACACUCCACAGUAAAUAUUGUAUUUUCAGUUCCUAUGCAGAGACUGGACAACAGCUCAGCAAUGUGUGAAAUUCUUCCCGUUUGUGUUGAGGGAGGAGGAUAGAUCAUGGGACACAGAAGCAAAGACUUCAGAGGCAAAUGACUAUAUAAACGAUUAGCUUGUAAGACGUAAAAGAGCAGUUUUCUACCUUAAAUACUACAUUCCUUCAAAGCUAUAGUAAAACAAAUCCUCGUCAUCAUAAAAAGACAAUGCAGCAGCUCUUCCUUUCUCUGCUUGCCUCCAUGAAAUAUUUCAAGUAUAAAAAAUAAUUUUCUCACUUACAAAAAUGGACACCUGUGGCUGGGAAGGUGGCUCAGUGGUAGAGUGCUAGCCAUGAGCAAAAGAGCUCAGGGGAGUGCCCAGGCUGAAGUGAAGCCACAGAAAUGGCCAAACAAAUAGUCACCUGUAAUAAAGGCUAAUUAUAUAUGUAAUGUAUGUUUUCCAAUAUUCCUUUCAAUUUCCCAUCUCUAAGCAUUUGCAUUGGCUCCAGAUGACACCAGAGAGGGGUUCCAAGGACAAACAGAUUAGGCUACAGAAAGUAAACAGUGACCUAGGAUGUUGCUGUCAAAAUAUGUGCUAGAAGGAUGUGGCAGUCACAGAAGACCCUGAGAGCCAAAAUAAUUUGAGCCAGAUAAGAGGAAUAGUGACAGAUAUGCCAUGAAUGUGACCUAGGAGUGACUCCUGGAAGCAGAGAACAUGCCAGAACCUAGGACUAGCAGAUUAGGAUUGGACAAACAAGGUCUCGAGACUCUGGUCUCAGCCAAGAGAAGGAUGGGUGCCUCAGUCAAAGCUGUAGACACUGGAUCAGUGGCAAGCCACGAAGCAACCAUCUCAGAGAUUUGUCCAAAAAGAAACCUAGGAAAUCACAAGGCAUCUCAGGCAAGUGUGCUAAUACGUCAGCCCUGACCCUGAAUGUGCCAUGCGAUAUAUGGAGCCCGGAGGCAAGCCUGCUGGACAUGCUGGUGAUGAACCUGGUCCCAGCCUACCAGAAAGGCGAUCUCUUCUAUGUUGGAAACUUCCUCCACAAUUAUAGACAGUGGGCAACAAUGGAGCAAGUGCUGGAUAUUGUGUUCAAAAAGUACAGAUUACCGGGCAGUAACUCUGAGGAAGAUGAACAAAUAAAGAACACCCUUUGUUCCAUCUUCACCAUGUGGAUGGACUGCUAUCCUGCAGAUUUCCGAGAGCCCCAGAACCAACACCCGGUGAAAGAACUUACCCACUAUGCCAUGCUCCACAUGCCCUCCUCAGAUCUGGUCCUCAAUGUCCACGUUCAUCUGGAUGAGCUGGAGGAGAGCGGGAAGAAUGAGACCAAGAAACAGAGGAAGAAGUCCCUGUGUGGUCACCUCAGAGCUUGCUUUGGCCGCCAUAGAGCCGCUUCUCCUGACCUCCCAAGGAAGAAGCCCUCGGGGAUGUCAAGGAUGGUGAUGGAUGGGGAUCUGGAGCCAUCACUGGACUACACAAUGCAUGUGCAUGUAGAGGGGUUGGAUGCAUUUGCAGUGAGGCCCCAAAAGGUUGUGAGUCCUGUGGAUAAGACAGUGGUUCUGAAGCCCACAUGUAAGAGAGCUGAACUUGUAGGGACCCCAAAGAAAGAAGAAGGUAAUAGUGAUUGUCUUCCUGUGACUUUCACAGGCAGCCCAGAUCAGCUCAAAAAGGGUCAAAUCAGCAAUCCUCCUGGCGUGCUGGAGGGAGUAGUACACGUGGGACUGAUGGAAAAUGUCCCCAGUCUGUGCUCAGGGGAACCAAUGAGUGAGGUCCCAACAUUAGAUGCAGCUCAGGAAAGUGAAUCUGUCCUCACUGAACAUCUGGACAAAUCUGUGCUGCUGCAGCAGAACCAAUCUCCAACUGAGAAAUUAGAAUCUGCCUCUCCAGCCUUUGCUGGAGCAAAUCCUAUCUUUCAUGAGGAGCUAGAUACUUUGGAGGAUUCUGAGGCAGAAUUUAUGUUUGAAGGCAACUUAGAAGCCGACCUAGCCUUAGAGCUUCCCUCCCCUCUCCCUGGGGAUAUCUCUCUUUUUCUUUUUGUCCUGAUUGUUGUAAAAUGUUCAUUCUUUUUAUUCUUCUUAAUUUAUUAAAUGUAUAUGUUUAUGUUGUACAAUG